AUGGCUACACCUGCUCUGGCUCCCCGGAAGGCAUAUUGGCCUAAUCUGCUUGGCAAGGAGCUUCAGUGGUCUCUUCAACAAAUCCGUGCAGAUCGUCCCGAUAUAACAUUCGAAGAAACAUUAGAUCUAGCAGAGGGCGAGACCCCGACGCCUGUGGACGAACUUGAACCUGGAACCGGUUUAGGGUUUAGGGCGCGCACCGCUGUGGCCUGGGGUGCCGCGCCCCCGGGGUGCCGAGCCGCCGCCAAACGUGGGCCGCUGGUGAGUUGGUGCGCCGCUGAAUGCGCGGCCAUUGACCCGACGACCGGCGCCGCGGUCGCGGCCGUCGACCCCCCGGCGGCGCCUCUACCGCGGCGGCUGACGGUGCUGCCCCUGAUCGCGCUCAUCUUCUACGACGUCUCGGAGGGUCCCUUCGGCAUCGAGGACUCGGUCCACGCGGGCAGCGGCGCGCUGCUCCCGAUCCUCGGCUUCCUCAUCCUCCCGGUCAUCUGGUCGCUCCCGGAGGCGCUCGUCACCGCCGAGCUCGCCUCCGCGUUCCCCACCAACGCCGGGUACGUGGCCUGGGUGUCCGCCGCCUUCGGCCCCGCCACGGCGUUCCUCGUUGGCUUCUCCAAGUGGGUGUCGGGCACGCUCGACAACGCGCUCUACCCUGUGCUGUUCCUCGACUACCUCCGCUCCGGCGGCGGGGUGGCGCUGCCGCCCCCCGUCCGCUCGCUGGCGGUGCUCGCGCUCACGGCCGCGCUCACCUACCUCAACUACCGGGGGCUCCACAUCGUCGGCCUCUCGGCGAUGGCGCUCACCGCGUUCUCCCUCUCCCCGUUCCUCGCACUCACCGUGCUCGCCGCCCCCAAGAUCCGCCCGUUCCGCUGGCUCGCCUUCGACGCCCGCGCCGACGCCGUUGGCGGGGUUGCCGACCAGGAGGGUCUCCAUGGCACGCACACGCACGCACGUGAAGAAACAGGGAGAGAGAGAGAGGGGGGUAGGGGGCUGCUAGAUCUAGGGACUUGA